AAUACUUUUCAUCAGAUGAUGAUGAUUGUCAAAUAAUAUAUGAUCAAGAAAAAGAAUUAAUUGAAAUUGAUCCAACAUUAAUAAUAAAAUCUGGCUUAAAGGAUAUAAAUGCAGUAAAUACUGCUAUAAAUUAUCUACGUAUUAGAGGCAGAUUUCUUAUAAACAAAUUCAAUUCUUCACCUAAUAUUCUCACUCCUAAUAUCACAAAAAUUAAUAUACUACCUAAUGAAAAAAAUAUACGUCAAA